AUGACAGACCGCAAUUAUAGAGCCUGGAGAAAUUACAAGAAUAAACCUAAGUCAUUAGCCACUCAAGUUUGGAACGCUUUAAAAACGGAUGAUUACCCCAAUGAUAAGAAGUUUUUAGGCAUAACUCCUCAAAAGGUAAAUCGUCCUUCUGGUUAUGAUUAUAUUGACUAUAAGUCUAAACGUUUAUCUUGGCAUUCUAAUAGUCCUAAAUUGUGGGCAGAAUCCAAGAAGUCACUUUUAACUUACAGACUAUAUGACUAUGUGGUAAAUUUAUUGCAACAAAAUGGAUACAGAUUAAUUGGUGGUAGGUCUUGGUAUGUGAUGCUACGAUGGGUAGAGAAUCCUGAUAAAUAUCUUAAUAAUGGCUGUCGAGACUUUGUCAGAAUAUAA